AAUAUCAUUCUUUUGAACUGCGACCUUCUCAUUUUUUACAAGCUUGAUCUCGCUGUUUCAUUAGGAGAUUUUGGAUGGGUAGAAAUAUUCCUUGGGACUCUCACAAUGAUGUUUGCAGGUGCAGGAUGCAAGAAUUACACGACGGAGUUUCUUCACUUUAUCCAAAACCUCAAGAAAAACUGGACUCCUCAGUUUGUGUAA